CGGUAGUACAAAGGUGUCCGUUCACAACAGAAGCCGGCGUGAGCUCGGGAGGGCGGGUAACGGAGAUGACAGCAGGGCGAGGGGGUGAAAUUAGGGAAACCAAAGACUAAAAUAGACACCACCAAUAAAAUAAACUGUACAAGUUCAUGAAGGAAUCCUCACCAAAGUCCCAGGGACGCCGGAGAAGCGAGUGAUGAAGCAAACCCCACAGUUAACAGUUGUUGCCCAGCCAGAGCGAGACAGACUGUUGGGGGUUUGAACAGGGGAUUCUUCCCCCUGGGAUUCUGAGCUCGAGACAGGUCACGUGAGAAGGGGAGGGGCUUCAAGAGCCAAAAGCGGGUGCAAGGUUGGCAUCCUCCCAAAUCAGAGAGACAGACCCUAUUCAAAGCAACAAGCUCCUUCAUGUAAUGUCAUAUGCAUAUCACAGAAGUACCAGUUGCCACUUGUGUGAUGCAGAGUAAGCCUAAGGAAGCAAAGCAAGCCUUAAGAGGAUAAUGAGUGGGGAUCUUAGUGGUUGUGGGUCCCGGGUGAGCCUGGGGUUGGGUCUGGGGGCAGCGGCGAGUCUCGGUCUAUUGUAUCUAGCUUACAGUAAGGGAUGGGGGAAGAGGACCUGUCGGAACAAACUUGGGGUGUUUACCUGCAGCCAAGUGAAUCCCAGAAAGCCAGUCGUGCGGAGCCAGGCAGCACCAAAUGCAGAUAAAACACAGGUGGCAAAGGAUUGUAGCAGUUUGGCAGAACUGAAGAGACAGCAGCUGGAGAUAUGGGAGCAGCUAGAUGUUAUACUUCAAUGUGUGAGAGAAUUGAAAGGGGAAGUGGUCCAACUUCGGGAGUGUCUAAAUGGAAUGACAGAUCAGAUUGUUGGAGAUGUCAGGUCAAGUUUAGAGCAAUGCCAAAAAACAUCAAGAAAGAAGAAACUAGGAUUUUCCAGAGAAAGAAGUAAUUCUGCUGAAUCAAACUCCAUCUAUUUCGCAGCCAGCACUGGGAAUAAGAGUAGCGCUGAAACAGAGAGCGAAGGAGGAUAUACUACAGCUAAUGCAGAGUCAGAUAAUGACCAUGAAGAAGCAGCAGAUCAAAAGGAACCAGUUCUCUCAAGCCUGCCACCUGAAACUCUAGAUGAAUUCACUCAACUUUUACGUACAGCAGACAAGUUGCACGAUGGUACGGAUGAAGACAAAGCAAAAGGAUUUAAGUUGCUCUUGGCAAACAAACCAAAGUAUUGUUCAAAGCCUGACUUCUGCUGGCGACUGUCUCGUGCGUACUGUGACAUGUUGGAGAUAUCAAAAGAUGAAAUUGAGAAGAAGUCCUUUUUGGUUAGCGAAAGCCCACGCUACUUGCCUUCCAUUGACACUCAGCCUAUGGACCACUGGCAUUGCAUACCCACCACCUCCACUGGGAAGGAGAUCUUGUUCAAGGAGGCUGCAAAUAUCGACCGUGAGAACCUGAGUUUCCUGAAGCAGGAGUACUCAAGACAUGUCAGGGGAUCUUCUGCCUCUGGGUUCAGAAAUUCAGUGCCUUACACUUGGAUCUUUGUGUCUAGCCUCUCUGUCCUGUGGAGAGGCGUGAGGCAGAAGAAAAAGCAACUGGUACUGCUGCCAGUGUUAUUCGUGGUGCUGUUGGCAGUGGUGCUGCUUCUCCUCUUGCCCUUCAUCAGAAGUGCUAGGUACAGUUACAUUUGCUCCCAUGCCAUGAUGAAGGCUGGUAGCAGAGAAGUGCAGCUGAAGGGAAAGAGGAGGCGGAAGCUGGCCUUCAGCAAGAUGAUUCAAAUGCAGAGUGCCACAAGUGGACCAGGAGCUACCUAUAUGGAACACGCAGACAUAAACCUAUCACCUAUCAGGUAUGCUAUCCUAUCUGGCCGACAGGCUGACAAUGAGACCAUUCAGAAUCGUAUUAAGGCCGGAUUUACUUUCAAGGAACACAUCGAUAAGGCCAUUGAGCUGAAGCAAAACGACCCUUCUUUACACUACUUGUUGGGAAGAUGGUGCUAUGAGGUAGCACAAUUAGGUUGGAUCGAAAGAAAGGCAGCCUCAACUUUCUAUGGAACACCUCCAAGUUCCACCAUUGAUGAGGCUCUGAAAAACUUCUUAAGGGCAGAAGAAUUGAGACCAGGAUACUCCAAAGACAACUCCGUCUACAUUGCAAAGUGCUACAGGGAUCUUGGGAGCUAUGCAACUGCCCUACAUUGGCUCGAAUUAGCAUCUGUGUUGCCCAUUAGAUCUAAAGAGGACUCAGAUGCGCAGAUUGAACUGGAAGAAAUGCAGACUGCCCUCAGCCAAAGCAGCUAAGCACUGUCCUGUUAAUCAGAAGGAGCUUUAAAAGGUCUUUGUUCCACUAUGUCCUUGUGUAUUGUAAACAACUUUGAAUCCAACCUCUCCUGCUAUUCUGGUAUUUUAUUCUGUUCUAAAUAACCACAAAAUAUCAUAAAUCAUGUCAGCUUGGUGGUCAGAGGUUGAGAAUUUUCUCCCAAGUCACUAAGGGACCACUCUUUUCUCAAAUCCUUACAUCACAGGGAAUAGACAUUGGAUCCCAAUGAGUUGACAGUUUUAUUUUCCUUUGGCAACCGAGACUUCCUUUGCCGUGUGAAGAGACUGGCUUGUCUCCUUUAUGUAAAAAAAAACUUAUUUUCCAUGGCUCCUACUCACAUUCUUUUAACAAGAACUUCAAGUGGGCUAAUUUUAAGGUUGUUUCCUGCCAUUUAUUUGGAUAAGCAUACAUAAUGAAUGCACACAGAUACAAGGAAAACAUUGUCUUUUUUCCAGGAUACACUGAGUACAAGAUUCCAGAGUCACAGAAUUGGUGUUUCAGACUUUGAGAGCCUGUAUUAUUAUUGUGCAUUUGCCUCAUCCCCAUGUAUAGUGCUUGUGCACCUUUGUGACUAACAAAAUAACGAUUAAGCAGCAUGAUGAUGUGUGCUUCCCUUGGCUCUCAGCAGUGAGGUCAUAAAAAUAUUCAGAGAGAUGGAACCUGCCCAAUGGUCAUUUGGCGAAGUGAAUAUGUAGCAAUCAUUCAGAGCAGAACAACUCAGGUUGGAUUCCCACUGUGUUGCAAUUAACUAAGCUCAGUUUUAGCAAAAGUGACAAUGUCACAGUUGGCCUUCAAAACUCUGAGAUGAGGAGAGGAGGAAUCAGUUAAGGUUUAUGCUACUGAUCAGCAUUGGAAAGGUGCAUGUGUGUGGACAGCUGGUGAGAACAGGGUCAGGAUCAAACACUCUGCCCUAGAUCUGCCAGCUCUUACUGUCUCAGUGUAUUUGGCCAUUUAGGAGAGGUAUGAAAGGGGAGCUAGUGGAACUGCCUAAGUCAAUGCCUUCAGAAAUGAAAGAGAGACAGUGGCACAGUUGGGAGAGAGAUGUGUGUUUCAGUAUUUCACAGCAUAAACUAUUAACUAACACUUGCUACAAUGUCUACAAUAGAUUUGAGUGUAAGACUGGCUUGUUACCAUUGUUCAAUCUUAUUAUCUUAACAUGUUGGUGCAGUAAAUUGCUACUGGCUAAUACAAUUCCAUAAUUCAGCCAUCUGCUCCAGCUCCAUGAUGGGGAAGCAGAUAAAUUCUCCGUGCCUAUUACCUUGAGUUUGGGGAAAAAAUUCUGUUUACACUUCAAGUAUAUUUGAAAUGUGGCACGUUUGUGCUAAACACCAAGCAGUUAACAUGUGAGAACUAAAUGCUCUUUGCAGCUGUUCAAACUUGCAUCUGUCACAUAAUAUCUGCAAGUUAGUAAAUAACUCAGUGCCAGGAGUAGCUUAGUACUGCUGUUCUACCCACCAAAAGCACUGUUUUCAUUUACAAGGAAUGGCAAGAGUAGUAUUGGCAGAUAAACUGGUCAUACAAACACAGAGCUUUGCUCUGCGGGCCAUGUUAUAGUCAGAAAGGUCAGGGCUCUGGUGCUUUAACAAGCAAAUGGUCAGAUUUUCUAGGGUUCCUGUCAUGUCAGGAAUCCAUUGAUUGUUUUCAUUUUAAAACUGAUUUACCGACACAUUGUUUGCAAUAAGACUUGGGCCACACAACUUACUAGGCUUCAAAGGGGAGGGGGGAAUUUUAGGAGCCCCAUCAACAAGGGAGCUUCUAACAUUCCCCUCCCCCCCCACCACCCCCACCACCAACUUAAAAACUAACAUACUACAGAGAUCCCGAGUCUACAACAAAAUAACUUAGCAGGCUCGAAAUCAAUCUGCAGCAUUUAUAUUGAAUGAGAAAUUCUAUUGCUGCUAUAUCAGCAACAAUAACUGACCCAUCCGUUACCUGAUGGGGAAAUAAUAGAGAACAUGCCCAUUUUGGAAUACUACAAAGGCACUUUAAAUUUUAAAAGAAUAAUGAACGAUAAAUAAUGUGAUAGCCGCCAAAAAUACUGAUCAAUUGAGACAAAAUAUAUAAUCUGAAAAUCUGUCUGACAUGUUGGAUUUCAGUUCUGUUCAACUUAUCUCACACGUAUGGUCCCAAACCAUAUGCAUAUCUUUACACUGAAUUGCUACAACUAACUUUGUUACAUCUUCUCCUCCUAAAUUGCAGCAAUGCUAACUCACAGCAGCUGCUGUUUAUAUAAUGUUACUAACCAUAUCAUAUCCCUCCUGGCUCCAUACUUGGCAAACUUGUUAGCCCUCCAGUUUAAAAAGUCCACCAGAACUAUUACCACGAAAUACUUGUCACAGGAGAGGGAGAGGACCUUCCACUUUCUGACAAAAAUUUCUUAUUUGGAUUACAGUGCCUACUUAUGUAUUUAAUAUUUUUGUCUCUUUUGGAUUAGUUUAGUAGCUCUUUAUAUCCUAGGUUUUUGGUUUUUGCAGUGCUUCUAGUGCAUAAAACAACCAAACAAAUAUUGUGAAGAACAACAGGUUUUCAUCUCCAGCUUUGUGGUUAUUCCCUGUAGAACACAGUAAAUCAGUCAUUUAUAGGAAAAAAGAGUGUUGCACUCCUCUGCACCUGCCUUUGCAGCUCUCUACCUACAUCAAGUGACUCACCAACCAUGGAAGAAUAUAGCUAAGUGAAAGAACCUACAUAUGUGCAAAUUGUUUUUCUUUCCCUCUAAGACCCAGCAACAUAUUUGCGGCCCUCUGAACACACCACAGUUUGUCUUUUUCUCCCCUGGGCAUCCUAAAUUUCUCAAUUUCUCAGUUCCUGGACUUCUUUCUCAGAAAGGCUAACUCACUUGCCAGUCAUUCGCAUUCCACUUGGAGUCUGCCCAGCUCUUCAUGUUAUCCUUGUUCCCUGUUCUCUCCGCAUGCAUCCUUCUGUCUUUUAAGCCUCCAGAUUUCAGCACCAUACAUGCCCCACCCUACCUCACCCUGUGUUCUUGUUUGCUCCUAGCCCUCGGCUUAUUCUGUAAGCAAGGCCACAGAUAGUAUGCUAAUAUGUGUAAAAUUGCAUUCAUAGUAUCAGCAUCCCACAUUUAACACACCCUUUCAAAUUCUUUCUCACAUAAUGGGAAAUGAGCAGGGCAGCAAACUUCUGUGCAGUUAACGAGUGUACUUUUAUAUAUAUAGUAUGCUUUUGUCGUUUUUAUAUUUUUGUUUCUAACAGGAACUUGUCUCUUUUAUUAUUCCCAAUCAUUUGAAUGCUCAAGCUAGCUGUUGUUAUGUGUCUUUCUGCUGAUGCUUCUAAAGACAGGGCCAGUUGAAUGACCUGAAAAUUACUGCAGGACAGGAGGGAGAAACAUCAUACUGUGGGCAAGCACUAGUCCUCCAUUUCAGCUCCUCGUCUCUGCCCAGGAGAUCAGGCAUAAUUGGAAGCCUUGCUAAUCUGUGGCACCAUCUGGCAGCACAAACUCAGAAGAUUGCCCUGUGCAAGUUCAAACUAUUGAACUGUCUCCUUGAUUUUAAGGGGAUGGGAGGGAAAUGUUGCUGGUUGUCUUUAAACGUUUCCUCGAAGGGCAGGAAUUUUCCAAGAAUAUCUUGGCUCCAAUCUCUGAACUACUUGUGAGUCAGUUGGUUUGGUGCGUAUCAUAAGUUUUUUCUAAGCUUACUGUAUCAGGGAUGGACUCUAUUCCAGCAGAAUUGGGAUUGAUCAUGAGAUGUGGGUCUGAGUGUAAUGGGGGAUAGUGCAAGGUAUUUGUGUAAAGAGACAUCAGAAUUUUAUUUUUACAGCUUUAAAAAAAAACAAUGAUGCCAUUCCUCUUGGUGUUUACUCCUUCGUGACCAAAAUACUGGCCUGGAUUUAUGGUUUAUUACUAUUUUGAGUCCAUCUUUUCCAAUGUAAAAUUUGAGGAUAAUUGCUCUCAUGCAUAACUUGCUACUCAAACAAGUUUGAGUAAUGUGAAUGGUUGUAGAACACAUGGAAUCUAGAUUGUGUACAGAAACUGAACAUGAUGAUUUUAGGUUGGUACACCAAGCUAGAGUGGACCCCAGUCAGCAGCUGAGGGAUAUCACUCCCAAGAAACUGAUAGAUGCAUUAUGAAUAUCUACAUCAAUGGGGGAAGAGAGGAGAUGGUUCAACAAAUGGGAACAUAAUGUGUUGCAAAUUACUGUGCCACAUGUUAGUAUCCAACUUGAAGAUAUUUAUUGCUCCUUUAUCCAUAUGAUAAGCCAGCUAACAUCUUUCUACAUUUCAAAGUGGUUGUAAUGUGUCUGAGUAGCAAAUGAAUUAAUAUUCUAGAUGAUAGAUGAACUUAUCUGUGAUGUAAGGUAUAAGAGAAACACAACUGAUAAUGCACUUAAAGUGGUAGUUUUUCAAAAGUGUUUCAAGCUAACUCUCUGGCCUAGCUGCCUGAUGAAUGCUGCUUCUUAUAAUGAAUUCUGAAUCUGAUAACAGUCAGCUGUGUGUGGCAAGGAGUUCUGAUGGUUUGACAAACUGCAAUAGCAUAUUUCUCUUGUUAGACUGAAGCACAACAACAUGUUGGCAUGUUGUCUCAGGUUAGUGCAACAGAGAUUCUCUUUCAAAGGUCCCCCACAAGGUGAGUUCAUUCUCUUAGCUAAGCCAAUGGACGGAGGGAGCAAGCAGAACAAGGGUAGGAAAAUUCAGAGCAAGUUCACACGUGACACCAUCUUACUGUCCGAUGUAAGGGCACCUGUGAAUUGUGGGAGACUGGAGGAGAGAAUUUAACCAUUUAGGAGAAAUGAACUUGAAAGUUGCUGGAAAUAAAAAGUGAAAAUUCCAACUGAAAAAAAUUUUGAGCCAAGACUUAAGUUGAUUAAAUUACCUAACAAGACGAUGGUACUUAAGUGAGGUAAUAGUAUGCAGCUUAGUUAUUUAUCAAAGUAUGUGAGUAAAUAAUGCAUUGCUACUGCCAGGACUGCAGGGAUAGAUUCUGACAAUGAAUGAGAAGAACUGCUGCAUUGCAACCCAGAGAGGUUCUAACACUUAAAUGAACUGACAAAAGAGCAGGACUAACCAUACACAGGAGACAGUGGAUAACACUACUUAUUCAAUUGUAUUGCAGUUGUGAUGGAAUCUGCUGAGUUGUUAUAUUUGGUACGUUUAUAUCAAGCAGUCUAUUGUUUUUGUUUUACAGGAAUUAAAAUUACCACCAAGUAUUUGAGUUUCCAGUUUUUGUAUUGCCGGGAGCCUGUGUAAUAAUUGAAGCUGUAUAUGGUCUACUUUGUAAUACAUUGAGAGUUAUCACUGGGAAAAGGGAAUUGUGUGGGGGUGCAAUAUGAUGGAGGUGAAAAUUUCCACAGUUUGUUCAUGUAUACCCAACUGUACAGUUAUAGAUAUUUUCCUUCCAUACAUGUGUUGUGCCUGGUCAGAGCAACACUGGGGUGAAUUACUGGUAGGAAUGAGCUAUCGUUAUCGUUCAGCUUGUAAUGCACUUUAUUAAAGCACUGCUUUAUAACACGUCACUCUGUCUGUAGAGUUCUCUGAACAAUGAUAAACCUUGCAGAGUGUAGAUCAUUGUGAGACCCUGUCUCUAAAUUCUAAUCUACCAGAGAGAUUCUUUCAUUAAUUGAGAAAUGUAAAUCUGAAAGCAGUAGUGAGCACAUCAUCUCAUUUUAAUACUAUUGAAUUAGUUAAUCCCUUCUCUCAAGCACAGAAUCUCUACAUUUCUUUCUUUUAAUUAAAAUUUAGUUCUUUGAAGAUGAAAGCAACAGAUUGCAUAUUAAUAUCCUCAGCCGGUCUCCAGAUCAUGUUCAAAUGGAGAUUGCAUCUUGCUGCUGUUCAAACACAACAUAUCUGUUUGCAGAUGAAACUGGAACUUUUGCCUCAACCAAAUAAAAUCUUAAUCAGUUUUUCUUUUUAAAAAGUUUGAAGUUUUUUUUGUACAGCAAUUUACAUUCCACCGUUAGUAAGAAUGUUUUCUGUGACUGUUUUAUAUUUAUCCAAAUUAUUUAGUCCUUUUUAAAACUAUAUUUAAGAGUAAUGUUAUGUUUUUUGUCUGUGUGCUUUUUUUUGUAUAAUGUCCUCACUACCUGGUGCUACUACAUUGGGAAUAUUCUCAUUCAGGUGGAGAAAACCUGCUGUUAUGUCAUAAGUGUCAAGGGAGCAGGAAGAAAUUCCUCACCAACUGGCACCUGAAUAUUCCAGUACUUGUUCGUGAAGUUUCAGGACAUCAUGGCUGCCUGAUCCCUAUUCUUUUUAACGCACAAUAGAAUGAUUACAUCCCUUACUAUUAAAUCCCUUAUUUUUCCAAACAGAUUUUCACUUGUAUUAUAGAACUUAACCAUCCAAUCCUUUAGUUUCCUUAACACCCAAGAAUAUUUUUAAUGGGAUCCUUGAUUAGUGAGCAAGGGGAUCACACAACUUGUUUAAUAACACUGCAGGCACAACCCUCGCCAGCAUAAUACCCUGAGAUAGUAUCUUACUUGUCUCACCCUCAGUUAAAAUAACUUCUGCCUCUGGUGCACAGUAAUAUCAAUUGACUUACAAUCAAUGAAAAGUUGAAUCUUGUGUACCAAAAUGUAUAUGAUUUUAACUUUACUAGUGUGGUAUAUCUCGAUUUACCACAGUCAUUGGAAUAAAAACAUUUAACCAGACUUCCAUUAACAUCAUCAGACCAGAAAAGGUCUGUGUGGAUUUGCUACUUUAUCAACAGGUACCUGCAACUUUUUCUGAGACACUUAAUUCACCUUUGUUUUGCUUAAUCCACAAUUUUAUACAAACUUUGUUGUUUCCUGGCAGAACUCUGUGGAAUGUCAUUCAAUAAAUUUGGUGAUCACAUCCA